GAUUACCUAUCUCGAUGUGGAGGCAACAUAAGAGUUUUAAGAAAUGAUGGAGCUAAAUUAACCACAAGCAAAAUAACUAGAGCUAUACAACGAAUUCCACUGGACCAUGGAAGUGUUUGGAGACUGGAUACUGCAUAUUUGAUAGUUCAAAGCGAACCUUUGAAUCGUCAUCAUGAUGUGGCAAUGAUUGGAUUCCGGUGGAAUGAGAUGGCCUCUGAAAAUCUUAUUUUAUUACACUGA